AUGCGGAUGACUGAAUCUUUACAAAUAUUCUCAGGAAAGUCUAGGUUAUUAUCGGUUGUCCAGUUACCUAAAGAAAAUAAUUGUAAUACCAGAUUAGAACAGUUUUCGAAAAAUGGCAAUGCUUUAACGAUAACUGUACAAACAAAUGGACUAGUGCAUACUUGGACCUCUCUUAAAAAGUAUAAAGAAGGCAUUGAAGCCGAAUUUAAGAAUAGAAAGGAUCGAAUGUAUCAAAAGUGCGAACAUUGUCAUAGAGAAAACCCAAAUAAACACGAGGCAAGACAUACGACGUUAGAAAAGAAAAAGGGACCAAGAUCGCAUGCGAGACAUCAAAAGAGCCUGUGUGUAAAGUGUAUUUCUGGAUCAAUAUGUGAUGCAUAG